CCACCCCAGGGCUCCCAAGGGCUGCCAUGGAGAAUGUCUCCUAGAGCCUGCUGCCUAGGAGCCGACACUGCCACACGUGGCGUCGAGGAUUGCCAAGCGCAGGGCAGGCUGGCACUGUGUUCCCUACCCAACGCCCCCGCUCCCGCCGGGCUGGACCGGGGAGAGGCCCACGAUCGCCGGACCGCCCCCGCCACGGGCGGAUAGGGAGCUAAGAGGCGCUGUCCUCAGAGAGUCGCAUCACUCUGGCCUGGCCGUGGGUGAAGCCGGGUCAGGAUGCCCUGGUCGCGCGAGGAAAAGGAGGAGCUGGACCAAAAGUCCGAGGAGCAGAAAAAGGAAAGACUGUCAGCCAUCCCGGUCCGCAGGUGAAGGCCGACGAGAGGGACUUCCAGAGCUCGGUGCGACGGAAGGCAGCAGCCCAGGGAGCCCGGGCACGUACGUCGGUCCGGAGGGCGCGGGAGCAGCGCGGAGCGCACGAUGCGCGCGACCCAGGCCGCCGGGCCGGUCUACACCGCCGCGUGGGUCACGUGGCCCGGGCGGGUCCGCCGCUGUGCGGGCGGGGGGUCGGGGGCGCGCGGGGCGGGGGGCGGCGAGCGCGCGCCCGCCAGGCUCGCUCCCUGCGCGCUGCGCUGGCCCCUGGGCACGGGAGCCGCCCCCGGCCCCCCCGCGCUCUGCCCGCCGCGGGGCGCGCGCCCUCUAUAUAGCGCACCCCUGCCCGGCCCGCGCCAGGCCGCCUGCCACGGAGUGGGCGCCGCACCGCCAGCAGAGCCCCGAAGCCAGAGGCCCGCCGCUGCCAGCGCCGCCCCGACGGCCUCCCUGCGACGCUGCCGCUGCCACCGGACACCCAAGGCCACCAUGAAGAAGGAGGUGUGCUCAGUGGCCUUCUUCAAGGCCGUGUUUGCGGAGUUCCUGGCCACCCUCAUCUUCGUCUUCUUUGGCCUGGGCUCGGCACUCAAGUGGCCCUCGGCGCUGCCCUCUAUUCUGCAGAUCUCCAUCGCUUUUGGCCUGGCCAUAGGUACCCUGGCUCAAGCUCUGGGGCCUGUGAGCGGUGGCCACAUCAAUCCGGCCAUUACUCUGGCCCUCUUAGUAGGCAACCAAAUCUCGCUGCUUCGUGCUAUCUUCUACGUGGCAGCCCAGCUGGUGGGCGCCAUUGCUGGGGCAGGCAUCCUCUACUGGUUGGCGCCAAUCAAUGCCCGGGGCAACCUGGCCGUCAAUGCGCUCAGCAACAGCACAACGCCUGGCAAGGCCACAGUGGUGGAGCUGAUCUUGACCUUCCAGCUGGCUCUCUGCAUCUUCUCCUCCACUGAUUCCCGCCGUACCAGCCCAGUGGGCUCCCCAGCUUUGUCCAUCGGCCUGUCUGUCACACUGGGCCACCUUGUGGGGAUCUACUUCACCGGCUGUUCCAUGAACCCAGCCCGCUCCUUCGGUCCAGCGGUGGUCAUGGAUCGGUUCAGCCCCUCCCACUGGGUCUUCUGGGUGGGGCCGAUUGUGGGGGCCGUUCUGGCUGCUGUCCUCUACUUCUACCUGCUCUUCCCCUCCUCCCUGAGCCUCAGUGACCGUGUGGCCGUCGUCAAAGGCACAUACGAGCCGGACGAGGACUGGGAAGACCAUCGGGAGGAGCGGAAAAAGACCAUAGAGCUGACAGCACACUGACCAGCACAGGCAGAGGCCAGUCCCACAUCCCUGAACUGCUGGCAAAGAAGAAGAAAACUAGACCUCCGAGCAUCCUUCCCAACCGCCCUCUUGGUGGGGAAGAGGCACUGGACCCAUGCUGGAGAUAGAGAUGGAAGCAGAAGCCCACAGUGGGACACUCGGCUGGGGCCAGGGGCUGGAGUCUAACGGGGACAGGGUCUCUUCAGGAUUAGGCAGAAUGAAUGCCAUGGGGGCAGACCUCAGAGACUGUGACUGCAGUACCGAGCUCACAGACUGCCCAGGACCACACCAGAAAGGGGUGAUAUCAGCCUGCUAUGUCGCUCAGCCCAACCUCUCAAGUGCCAAAGCCAGCCUCCAUGUGGGCAGAGGGGACAUCGCCCAGAACCCCUCAGCAGAGGGACAGAUGGUUCAUUGAAUGCCAUCCUAUUUAUUUUUGGUCAAGGAUGGGAGAGGUGCUGGUUUUGGGUUGGGCACUUCCCAGUAAAACCAUCAAUCUUCA